AUGCAGGCUUUCGAAGUUUAGAAAUAUCGAAUUAGAAUUAAGCGAACUGUCAUGUCAUAAUAAAAUUCGAGUGGUUCAGCGGACAACGUGGAAGGUUAGGUGGUCACAAUUUGUGCCAGAUCAUGAAUUAAAGUAAAUUUAAUUCGGUUCAUUAAUAGCACUGUUCUAGUUCUAACCUUAAAACAUGGCUCCCCCACAGAAAGGUAAACAAGGUACAAAAGGAGCCAAACAGAUUGUGGAAGAAAAUGUAUCGACACUAAAUUUUUAUAGAAAUAUGGCGAUUAUUUCAAAUGCGUUAUCCUUGAUUAUUUUAGUAUUUUAUAAUUCUACUAUAAGUAUAGUAUUGUACUUAUUUUCCUGCUUGGUAUAUAUAGGAUCAUAUCAGUUUAUGGUUUACAUGGCGAAGCCCAAAUAUUCUGAAUCUGGUCAACUGUUGGACAGUGGUGUUGAUCUUAACAUGGAAGGAGGAAUUGCUGAGCAUGUGAAGGAUAUAAUAAUUCUUACAGCGGGCUGUCAGAUACUGUCAUCGAUUAUUUCAAAUUAUUUUUGGUUGUUAUGGCUAUUGGCUCCAGCAAGAGGAGGAUGGAUUUUAUGGAAAAAUAUUUUAUCGCCAUAUUUCUUCCCAGAUGUACCAUUAGAUACGGAGGUUGAUGAAAAGAAACAGAAAAAAAUGGAAAGAAAAAUGAAAAGAAUGCAACGCCAGUAAAGAACGUAAUAUGACUUGUUAAGUUGUAAAUAAAAAUAUUUUUUAAGGUUUAAA